UUGUAAACAAAACGCAUACAACUGCAUCAAAACACAUUCUGAGAUCUGAUGAAAAUAACGUGAUUGGAAGGAGACGAGCCGACCCGUGCUUGGAGUUAUUUAAUUCUCAUCGGAAUGUAAACGCAAAUAUAACGUAAAGUGUCUUACCUGAUAAGUGAAAAAGUCUUCCUGGGUGCAGUUAGCGAAUCAAUUUAUACGUUCGCAAUGGGUCGGUUAAAAAUUACCCUCGACACGGCUUUGUGUGUUAUUUUCUAUAUUUCAUGCUUACUGUAUUCGUUCUACAAAAACUACGAAGUUAGUAACGAUAAAUUACAUCACUACUAUUAUUUGGAGGAAGGUUGGUCAAUCUUCAACGGACGCCGCCGAGACGAUUACGAUUUCGAAUGGGAGAUCAACAAACAAUACGCAAUUAGCAACGCGCUAGUCUUCGGCCUACAUGCGGUUGCAUUGGAGUUUGUACGAAUUAUGCGGCUUAAGCAACGAUCACUGAUUAUGGCACUGCUUGGAUGCGCUUCGAUUUAUUUUAUAUACAAUUCUAAAUUGUUGGCCAUUUUAUUUCUACAAAAUGUGUCAUUCUUCGGGAUUACCUUUCUGUUCCCAAGGGCAAGUAUCCUUUGGGUCAAAGCCUUCCUGUGGAUUGGUUUGAUCAAUAGCGUGAAACUGCUGUACUUUUACGAUCAACUGAAUGUCUUGUUGGACAUCGAAAAUGAUCAGCUGUUUGAGUUUAGUAUCAUCAUAUCGUGGAACGUGAUCAAAUGCACGUGCUUCUGCUUGGAUAGAUGCAAGGAUAAAACGAGGGAAAGCCAGUAUCGGUUCGUGGAUCUGAUAAGCUACUCUUUCUACUUUCCUUUGUUGCUUUACGGACCGGUAAUUAUCUAUGACCGAUUCAAGGAAUGUUUGAAACCACGACCAUUCGGUAGCGUUAAGACAUUGGAAAGGCUAAAGCAACUGAUAUGGAGACUCUUUCUGUGCCUAAUCUGGAGCAUAGUGAUGGAAAUCGGUCAACACUUUUUCUACAUUAAUAUAAUUCCUCUGGAACUGAAGCUUCUCAAGGAUGUCAACUUGUGGGUACUCUACGGGCUCGGAUAUUUGAUGGGUCAGUUUUUCUUCAUCAAAUAUGUGGUCUUUUAUGGAAUUGGAAUAGCUUUUGGUCAGUUUGAUGGUUUAGAUAUGCCCAGAAAACCAAUCUGCAUCGGGCGCGUUCACCUGUACUCUGACAUGUGGAAGUUUUUCGACAGAGGAUUGUAUGAAUUUCUAUUCAAAUACAUUUACACGGAAUUAUGUACAAAAACGUCUUCAGGGAUUCGUAAAAUAAUGGCCAGCUUGACCACAUUUGUGUUCAUAUAUGUGUGGCAUGGACUAUACACUUUCGUAAUGAUUUGGUCUAUGCUCAACUGGAUCUGUAUCAUGUUGGAAGGAUUGGUGAAGCAAGUUUUUGGUCAACACAAACAGAUCGCUGCCAUCGUCGGAACACAUGCAUUUAUUCUAUCAGUGCUAUCCAACUUUUUCUUCUUCGCGAGGGAGGAUGUCGGAUACAUCUAUAUUCAUCGAACCUAUUACGAACAUUUAAAUAACUACCUCGCAUUAUACGCCGUGGCGUACUGUUUCUACAGAACAGGAGAGUGGGUCAAAUCAGUCGAAACAAAUCGAAGGGAUUCGAUAAAAAAGUAUUUUUGAAAAAUAUACAUUUUUAUAAGAAAACA